AUGUCGGAGGGUGAGCUGUCAGGCUCGGAGGGGGCGGCGUGCCCCGUAGGCAGCAUGAUGCUCCCUAUCUUGACGUCGGUGGCUUCGUUGCUCGGGUGCUUUUACGUUGUCGGCACCUACUGGAGAGUGCUGGCGCUGCGACAACACCCGGCGGGCAUCAUGUUCGGCAUGAGUCUCUACGGAGCCAUCUACCAGUUCUUAUUCUUGUUGGACCAGGCGUCGACCUCAGUGAAGUGCUCGGAUAUGGGCAUCCUUGUGGACUUCUUUCUCACGGGCCAGGAGACGUACAUGCUGAUCUUCGCCAUCGACUUGCUGCUGGCACUCAAGAAUCCCUUCUCGGCCUCUAAGGGGCAAAUGACAAAGUACCACAUUUGCGGUGGACUCUGGAGCAUCGUGUGCGCUGUAAUAUCGCACUUUGACACUCGCUACGCGCUCUUCGGCUUCUGCUGGUUGAGUUCGAGCGGCGACAUUCUCAGUCGGCCGCGCAGUGAAGUGGAUAACGACGACGAAGCGUCCAACGGAACUCUCACAGCGGGGGUCUUUUUCGCUUUGUACAUUGUGGUGGUGUACUGCACGUCGCUGAUUGCUAUCGUGCGGACCUGGAACACGUUCAUGAAGGGGCUUCCCGACACGUUCCGAACUCGACAGCGCAUUCAGCGCCACCUCAAAUACUACGUCGGCUGCUACUUCGGCUAUUGGACGUUGGUGCUGGCGUGUUACGCGCUCUUCAGCUUGCUACCACACUCGAAUACCAGUGAGGACGGCAAGAAAAACCUUCGCUGCCACGUCUGGCACAUCUUGACGUGCUUGUUGCUAGCCAAAGGAAUGGUGCACGCGCUGAUCUGGACGCGGACGUCGAAUAUUCUAAAGAUCAUCGAGCAGCUCCGCGAGCACGGAGCGAUUGAUCUCCCUGCUCACGAGGACAGCAUUAACUGGGCGCUUCGACUCGAGAUUUUGACUAACACCACCAAGGGCAUAUGCCAGAGCGUCGAUAGAGCCGAGCGACAAGCACGAGCGUCUGCUGAAGCUUCCAGUAGAUCGAUAUCGGCGUCCGGGGCGUCCGGAUCAUCGCUGGAAGAGGGCAUUGCCAUCGAAAACUCAGCGGCCCAAGACGACUAUUGCGACCGAAAGGAGAGCUACACACAGAUUGAAGAACUGAUACUUGAGAACCGCAACGACCAGCGGCCACGCAGCGAAGGGGUUGUCUUCAAGGACUUUGCCCCGCAUGUGUUCCGCCGACUUCGCGAAGUGGCCAAGGUCUCGAGCACUAGCUACCGCUACUCGUUGCAGCAGACGACGAAGGAGCGCGUGAGCGAAGGCAAGAGUGGGGCGUUCUUCUACUUCACAGAAGACCGCAAGUACGUCGUGAAGACGCUCACCAACGAAGAGCUCCGAUUUCUUCUGAGCAUCCUGCCCAAGUACUACAAGUUCAUGAAGAACCACCCAGACACGUUCAUGACGCGCUUUUUCGGUUGCCACGGCCUCACCAUGUACGGCAAGACCGUGUUUUUCGUCGUCAUGCAGAGCGUCUUCGCCACGUCGCUCCAGAUCCACGAGCGUUUUGACUUGAAAGGGUCGUGGGUCGGUCGGCUUGAAGGCCGCAAGCCUACAGGUACGAUUGCGACCUGCAAGUAUUGCAGUGCCGAGUACAUUGUUGGGGGCAUCCACGACCAGCGCUGCGAUGUACGUCGCGGCGAAGGAAAUCUACGACACCAGUACGACCAAGUGGGCAAGGACCUCAACUGGAACCGUCACAUGGCGCUGCCGUACUCGACGGCGCGCGCGGUUGCCAUCCAGCUGACGAUUGACUCGGACUUUCUGUGCAGUAUCAACUGCAUCGACUACAGUCUCCUGGUGGGGAUUCACCACCGCAGCUUCAACGUCUCGCACUACUCUUCGGCCGACAGCUUCGAAGCACCAGCCUUCGUUCACCACGACAGUUGUUGCAGCGUCAGCAGCCAGUUCCGCAGCACGAACCGUAGCGGACGAAGCAGUAGCAACGGAAGCAGCAGCGACUCGUACAGCUUCAGUACUAACUCAAGCUUCGUCCGCAACCGCAGUAGCAGUGGCGGCAACCAGCCCAGCCGUAGUGGUGCCUGCUAUUGCUCAAACACCAGCCGAAAACCUGUUCACCCUUUCACGCGCGGUGGCAUGAGCGUCGACGAGGUGCACGGCCCAGGUCUGUACUACCUCGGACUCAUCGACAUCCUACAGCAAUGGAACUUCCGCAAGCGUGUCGAGCACUUCGUCCGUGUUUAUCUGUUGUUUCAAGACCGACACGGCGUCUCGGUAGUAAACCCGCGUCAGUACGCCGAGCGGUUCCAGCAGCGCGUCAUCAAGGAGCUCAUCUACGACGCUGCAGCUAUGCCAACGCGCGACCACGUCGAAGAUAUCUCCCUCACCCAAUUGAGACUUCAGAACCAGCGCAACGCCCAACUGCUGGAGUCCAGUCGAACGCUGAGCACCAUGCUCGCUUCCGUUGACGGGGGUUCGACCUUCGCCAGUCCUCCCCCUUCCAUACCGGUUGAGCACUUCUCCAACAUUGCCUUGUCGCCGAACGUAGGAAUUCCGACACGCUCUCCGUGCACGCCGCCGAUCGCCAGCAUAGUCCCGUCGAAGGAUGGGAAGGCCGUCCGCUCUGCCUCUGCGGCUUCAAUGCCCCGGCAUCGAGCGUCGUGCUCCUGGGACAGCAGCAGCCACAGCUCCGGCGUUGGAAGGCUAUCAGGCGGCUUCGUCAUGGAGAUCCCGUGCUCAACUCUGCCGGUGGUCUACCCCACGGCACUCGACGCACCGCACCUCCGUCGGUCUCUAGCGCCGCUGACACCGUCCCCGCGCACGUCGUCAGUGUUUCGGAGAGACUCGGAGUACUCCAAGUCGAGCAACCAGCGGUCGAACUCGUCUGCUCACGCGAGUAGCAGCUCCGAGGCGGCCAGCAGGCAAUGCAGCAGCGGGGGAAGUAGCAAUAGCAGCACUGCCAACGUAGUGCACCUUGAGGAGGGCGUGCUGAGAGACCCGUCCAGCCCCCACGACUACCGCAUCGUGUGUACACCAACCUUUCCCGACAAGAGCGCAAACGCCACCAUGUCAGCCUAG